AUGUCUAUCGGCAUAGGCGAUUACAACUUCGUAAACAGAGCAAAGGAACAACCUGAGCUGGCGCGAGCUAUGUCCAGAAAACAAACCAACGAUGGGACCCACCCACAAUUCAACGGCGAUGAGGGGCAAUCUCAUCCAUUGACAGCUCACGAGCGCCACCAACAGGUCACUGGGCUCGCCCGUCAGAUAUCCCGUGCUUCCAUCUCCGGAGCAGGAACGGGCAACGACAUCUUUGACUACCAACCCGAUAGCGAUCUCGAUCCUUUCUCUGACAAUUUCGACGCUCGAAAAUGGGUCAAGCAGAUGAGCAGGGUCAGUCUGGAAUCAGCACCGAGAAGAACUGCCGGUAUAUCCUACAGUGGUAUGAGUGUUCACGGUUUCGGUUCAGAUGCAGAUUACCAGAAGACCGUCAGCAAUAUUCCCUUAUCCCUCGUCAGUUCCGCACGGGAUCUCAUCAGUAAUAGGAAGCGUAAAGUGCAUAUUCUGAAUGAUAUGGAUGGUGUUCUGGAAAGCGGGGAGAUGUUGGUAGUGUUGGGUCCUCCAGGAAGUGGAUGUACUACUUUGCUGAAGACCAUAGCUGGAGAGACAAAUGGUAUAUUCCUUAAUGAAGAAGCAGAGAUCAACUACCGAGGUCUUACUCCCAAGCAAAUGCAUGGCCGAUUCAGAGGUGAAGCCAUCUACACUGCCGAAGUAGAUGUACACUUCCCCAACAUGACUGUGGGAGAGACACUUCAGUUCGCCGCAGAAGCACGAGCGCCUAGAAACCCACCUGGGGGAUUGAGCAAAAUAGAAGCCGCAACACACUUCAGAGAUGUUAUCAUGUCUGUCUUUGGUAUAACUCAUACGGUGAACACCAGAGUGGGGAAUGAUUUCAUUCGAGGUGUAUCGGGAGGAGAACGUAAGCGUGUCACCAUCUCUGAAGCGGCUCUUUCAGGUGCACCCCUACAGUGCUGGGACAACUCUACUCGAGGUCUUGACAGUGCGAAUGCCAUAGAGUUCUGUAAAACCCUUCGAUUACAAUCAGAAUACCUAGGUACGACGGCUGUCGUAGCCAUCUAUCAAUCACCUCAAUCGGCAUACGACCUUUUCGACAAAGUCUCUGUCUUGUACGAGGGAGAACAAAUCUACUUUGGAAAAGCUGGUGAAGCUCGAGCUUUCUUCGAGAGGAUGGGUUUCCAUUGCCCUGAGCAGCAGACCACUCCCGAUUUCCUGACUAGUUUGACGAGUGCUUCGGAGCGUCAAGCAAAACCCGGAUUUGAAGACCAGGUACCCAAGACUCCUAAAGAGUUUGUACAAAGAUGGAAAGCCAGUGAAGAGUACCAGCAAUUACGAGCGGAUAUCGCUGCUUUCAAUGAAAGACAUCCCACAGGAGGUGAGAGGUAUGAAGAAUUUUGGCUUCAAGAAGAGCUCAACAAUCGAAGAGAACUCGUCCUUCCUCGCCUUACACUCUCUCAUACGUUGUUCGGUAACUUUGUUACAGGUCUUAUUAUCAGUUCGGUCUUCUUCAAUCUUCAGGACACCACGGGAAGUUUUUACUCACGGGGGUCUCUACUGUUCUUUGCUGUCUUGUUGAACGCUUUCGGUGCUGCCUUAGAAAUUCUUACACUGUAUGCUCAACGUCCCAUCGUUGAGAAACACGCUCGUUACGCUUUCUAUCAUCCAUCUGCAGAAGCCUUCGCUUCCAUACUUGUCGACAUGCCUUACAAAGUCCUAAACUGUAUAAUCUUCAAUUUGGUACUGUAUUUUAUGACAAAUCUCCGUCGUGAUCCUGGUUCAUUCUUCUUCUACCUUUUGAUCAACUUCUUCUCAACUCUUACCAUGUCAAUGAUCUUUCGAACUAUCGGUUCCGUUUCUCGACAGUUUGUCAGCGCCAUGACACCUGCCAGUAUCAUCAUGAUUGGUCUUGUCGUCUACACCGGUUUUGCCAUUCCUGUGACAUACAUGCGAGGCUGGUCAAGAUGGAUCAACUACAUCGACCCAAUUGCUUACGCUUUCGAAUCGCUCAUGAUUAACGAAUUCCACGGUCGAGAAUUUUCCUGUUCCUCAUUUGUACCUUCGCCGAUGCUUCCAUCCUACGCCGACGUCGGAGCUACCAACCGAGUUUGUAGUACUGUCGGAGCCACUGCUGGGUCCAGCGUUGUCAGUGGUGAUACGUACCUCGCUCUGUCCUAUGAGUACUUCCACGCUCACAAGUGGAGAAAUUUUGGGAUCCUUUUGGCGUUCAUGUUCUUCUUCUUCGCUACAUACAUUGGUGCUACUGAGGUUAUCACCGAGAAACAAUCGAAAGGAGAAAUCUUGGUUUAUCCCAAGGGUCAAAUCCCUCAAGAGCUUCAACCGUCCAAAGAAGGCGAUACCGAAUCUAAUAGAUCAGAUGAGAAAAUCAAACCUUCAGAUGCCAAAACUUCCUCGGGUGGAGGUGAUGUAGCGAUCAUCCAAAGACAAACCAGUAUCUUCUCCUGGAAAGACGUCGUGUAUGAUAUCAAGAUAAAGAAGGAGACUAGACGUAUCUUGGAUCAUGUUGAUGGUUGGGUCAAACCUGGUACUCUUACUGCUCUUAUGGGUGUAUCUGGUGCUGGUAAAACAACACUUCUCGAUGUGCUAGCUACUCGAGUCACUAUGGGUGUCGUCACCGGUGAAAUGCUGGUUGAUGGUAACCAGAGAGAUGUUUCGUUCCAACGAAAGACGGGUUACGUACAACAACAAGAUCUACAUCUACAGACCAGUACUGUUCGAGAGGCCUUACGAUUCAGUGCGUUGCUCCGACAACCUAAACAUGUCACUAAGAAGGAGAAGCAUGAGUAUGUCGAGGAAGUGCUCAAACUCUUGGAAAUGGAUGGUUAUGCCAAUGCAGUCGUUGGUGUACCUGGUGAAGGUCUCAACGUCGAGCAAAGAAAACGGUUGACUAUCGGUGUUGAACUCGUGGCAAAGCCAGAAUUGCUUCUUUUCCUUGACGAACCUACUUCCGGCUUAGACUCUCAGACUUCUUGGAAUAUCCUUCAGCUCUUACGAAAACUCACGGAAAACGGUCAAGCUAUCUUAUGUACCAUCCACCAACCUUCAGCCAUCCUUUUUGAGAACUUCGAUCGACUCCUUUUCUUAGCCAAGGGGGGUAAGACUGUAUAUUUCGGAGAAGUAGGUAAAGGGUCUCACAUCCUGAUCGACUACUUUACAAGAAAUGGUGCACCUGAAUGCCCUCCUGGCGAGAACCCGGCAGAAUGGAUGUUGGCGGCUAUCGGUGCAGCUCCCGGAAGUCAUACUGCAGUGGACUGGCAUCAGACAUGGGUAGAUAGCCCCGAGCGUGCACGAGUUCGGGAAGAGCUCGAAUUACUGAAGACUGAAGGUGCUUCCAAAGAUCGAUCCAAGGACACCAAGCUGGACAAAGCGGCGUAUUCGGAGUUUGCUGCUCCAUUCGGUAUUCAGUUCAUGGUGGUUCUCAAGCGAGUUUUCGAACAAUACUGGCGAACUCCUUCUUAUAUCUAUUCCAAGUUCUUCUUGGCUGUCUCUUCGGCUCUGUUUAUCGGUUUCUCGUUCUUCAAAGCAGACACCUCUCAACAGGGUCUCCAAAGUCAGCUGUUCUCGGCCUUCAUGUCCUUUCUUAUUUUUGGUCAGCUUGUACAACAGAUCAUGCCAAACUUUGUAGUCCAACGAAGUCUGUACGAGUCUAGAGAGAGACCGUCCAAGACAUACAGCUGGAAAGUUUUUAUUUUAAGUAAUAUCGUUGUCGAGAUUCCCUGGUCAAUGCUUGUUGGUACCCUGUUCUUCCUCUGUUGGUAUUACCCAAUUGGAUAUUAUCGGAAUGCCAUUCCGACCGACACUGUGAAUGUUCGAGGUGCUCUUAUGUGGUUGUACCUACAGGUGUUCUUCCUGUUCACCUCUACCUUUGCUACCGCAAUUGUCGCUGGUAUGGAGUUGGCAGAGACAGCAGGUAACGUAGCUCAGUUGAUGUUCUCCUUAUGUUUGAUCUUUAACGGUGUCUUGGUCGUGUACGACUCUCUACCCGGUUUCUGGACGUUCAUGUAUCGAGUCUCACCAUUUACCUAUCUGGUCGAAGGUCUGCUCAGUGUGGCUGUCGCCAAUACAGAUGUGCGAUGCUCGGAUAUUGAGUACCUCAAAUUCGAUCCACCAUCAGGCGAAACCUGUUCCGCAUAUCUUGCCGAGUACAUUGGUGCAUUCGGAGGAUAUCUCCUUGAUGAGAAUGCUAGUAGUAAUUGUCAAUUUUGUACAAUCUCCAAAACAAAUACUUUCCUGGCAGCGUUCAAUCUUAGUUAUGGGAACAGAUGGAGAGAUUUCGGCUUGAUGUGGGUGUAUAUCAUCGUCAAUAUCAUCGCCGCUAUCAGUCUCUACUGGCUUGUGCGAGUGCCCAAAAACACCGGGAAGGAGAAACCUACCACCGAUCAAGAGGGUAUGAGAACGGUUUCUCGACAGAAAUCGCAGAGGACCGAAAAAACCACGGCAUAG